UUGGAAGUGACAGUCCGACCCCUGGCGCCGUGCAGGGGACCCUGGUGGCGGCCGCUUCCAAAACCAAAACCGUGACUUGGUUUUGCCCCCUGAGCAGCGGGGGUGGCCGCGGUGCGGGCGGCGCAAGGUGUGGCGGGGCCGACCCGGAUUCCGGGGCCCCGGGUUCUGCGAGCCCCGCCUGGCCCGCGGCCGGACCAGGAGCCCGCGCUUGGCAAGGCCGAAGGGUCGGGGUGAACGUCGGCCACGGCCGGGGCCGGUUAGGUUUUCCUAAGACUGCUACAAAGAUGUUUGAUAUAAAGGCUUGGGCUGAGUAUGUUGUGGAAUGGGCUGCAAAAGACCCAUAUGGCUUCCUUACAACAGUUAUUUUGGCCCUUACUCCACUGUUCCUAGCAAGUGCUGUACUCUCCUGGAAAUUGGCCAAGAUGAUUGAAGCCAGGGAGAAGGAGCAAAAGAAGAAACAAAAACGUCAAGAAAAUAUUGCAAAAGCUAAACGACUAAAAAAGGAUUGAAAAAAUGAACAAGUUUUGCAACCAGAGGAAAAUCAUUUGGAAAAUUAUGCAGCUUUGAAAGAAUGCACUAAGAUUCCUUUGGAUUUUAUGACAGUAUUAUUUCAUAAAUGAAAUCUGACCAUAUGGAAGAAUCAAGUUAGUUCUGAUAUGAGUACUGUAACUUUUAGGCUUGGGUAUAGAAAUUUGUUAUCUAUUGAGUUAUUGUAAAAUAGCAUUUAGUAAGGUACAAAUUCUAUUUUAUAACUGAUUUAGUUAUUUGUCAUUUAGCAGCUUACAUAUUGCAGUGAAAACAUCUUGUGGAGAAAAAUGACUUUAGAUUAUGAACUGUAUUCAAAUAAAGGUUUAAAAUGGGAUCCUGUUAAGGACAAAGGAAAUUAAGAAUGUUAAAGUCAUAAUUUUCCUCUCUGAGGUGAAAAGUAUGCUUUGGCUUAAAAGAGAUACAGUAUAUUAAUCAUACCUUUUUAUCAUUAUUGCUUAUUUGUUGGAAUAGAAUCAUUUCUGCCUUUCUCAAAGCAAAGUAAUAUUUUCUGCAUUUUUCUGAUUUCAGCCUUUGAGACAGUGGUAAUUAUCAAGACAUUCUGCAUUUUUGAAACCUAAUUUUAUAAAGAAUUCUAUUAUCCUGACUAGAAUACCACCUACUGGAUAUAACAGCUUUUUUACUUAUGAGCACUGCCAUUUUCUUAGAGGUGACUUGUUGAAAAGAGCAGCACUGUUAUUUAAAGCUUGCAGUAAAAAUACCAAAUACUAUAGUAACUUGGAGCCAGUUUAUUCUCUUAAUAUGUAGAACUGUAAAAUAUUUCAAAUGUCUUAUCACAUAAUUUGCUGGUUAUAUAGAUACUAUUUUGUUUUUUAUUCCAUUCUUUAACUUAUGUGGUAGUGAUGUCCUGAAUUUUUUGAUCAAACAAGUUCAAAGUGAAAAUUAAAAUUUCAAAUUUCUUUUAAAGAACUCUUAAAGAGUAACAGUUAAGUCAUAUUUCAUAAGUGGUAAAGAAAGGCUUAAAGUUUGGAAUAAUUUUGUUGGGCAUAGUUGCAGUUGGGUGAAAGGAAUAAAUUAUGUUAAAAUGAGAAUGUGCUAUAAUUAGAAGUAAAGAUCUAAAGUGUUUUUUUCAGUUAAAUAGUAUAACUGGAACUUUUUACUAUUAAA